AUGCCUACCGACGCCGCUGCACAGUCGCCCGCGCCUUCAGAAGCGAAGCUCAACAGUGUUGCCAAUUCAACUGCGCCUGCUGCAGGAACUUCCACAGAACUCCUGGACUUCCCACACUACAGAGAGCUUCUAAAGAGCUUGCGCAAUAACACAAAGCGGAAGAAUGCGACCGCCAAAGUUGACGCCAUCAUCGCCGAAAACCCCGGUAAAUCCCUUGACGAGCUUGUUGCGGAGGGCAAGAUCAAUGCCGACCAGAAGGCGCAGGCUUUGAAGAAGCCAGCUAUCCAGGCGGCCAUUGCACAGACUGAAGAGCAGCUUGCUCACUACAACGAGCUUGCUGCGAUCUAUGAGCAGCGCCUCGCCAGUCAAAAGGCGGAAUUGGAGGAAGCACACAAACAGGAGGUGGAAUCCCUGCAGGAGAAGGCUGCUGCUGCUGCUGCUGCUGAGGUUCCUGAGUCACCAAAAGAGGACAUUGAUCAGAAGUUAUUGAGCCUAAGCAAGUUCCUUAGUGCUGUUGCGAAUCUGCGCCACACCGGAGACGGCACUUCACCCAAGAGCCGUGCCUUUGAGGGCGUGCUGUUCCAGGUGUAUGGCGGCAGCCUCGAUGCUGUUGCUUCGAUGAAGAAGCUCAUUGAUGGCGUUGAUGAGAAGAUCUCCAGCGUUGAGGGGGAGACGCUCGACAUCACCUAUUCAAAGGUCAAGCAGCUCUCCGAACAGGGCACUCCGGCCGAGGAACCGGCCUCAGAAGCUACCCCGGCAGCCGACCCUACCACCGCGAACGCCGCCUACACCGAGCUUGAUGACCCAGCUUAUGUGACUGCAGCCCACGACGCCGCAGCCCCCGCGGUCGAAGCCGAGAAUAUCCCUCCGCCUCCACAGACACUCGUGCCUGAUGCCGCAAAUGCGGUCGCAGAGGCUGCUUGGGAGCCCCACGCUGACCCUCUUGCAUCCUCGACGAACACGGAGGGCUAUGUCGAGAUUCCACGCGACCCUGCUGAGACUGAUACGGGUCUUCAGGCAACCAUUGGCAAUAUCAGCGCCGAUGUUGUGACUGACGCAAGCGCUGAACCCGUCAAGGCCGGCGGUGAUGAUUUCAAACAAGUCGUUCAUCACCAGAGACAGGGUAGCUUCAGGGGCCGUGGCCCCCGACGUGGUCGCGGUGAUGGACAACGUGGAGGUGGACGUGGACGAGGAGAUGGCCGCGGUCGUGGUCGGGGCCGUGGUGGUUUCCGGGGACGUGGCGGACCCAACGGUGCUCCUGCUGUCACCCCAGUGUCUCAAUAG